AUGAGUGUGAGUAUCGUUCCCCUCGAGAGUCUAUCGAUAAAGAUAUCCCUUAUUGGGGAGGUAUCUCAACUUGCAAUAAAUCUUGGUUUAGGUCUUGGUACGCUCGUACUAUUUAGUUUUUUAAGGCCAAGGAAUGGUAUAGUUUAUUCACCGAAACAAUUUGCAUCGUCAGAUAAACAACCACCAAUUAUUGAAGAGAAUAAAUUAUGGGGAUGGGUCAAACCAGUUUUGGAAGCAGAUGAAUCCUUGUUAAUAAGAAAAAUCGGGUUGGACGCUCCGAAUUGGUUUUGGACACAUUCAGUAUUUACAUGGUUAUUCUCAUGUAUCAUGUAUGUGUUUUUAUAUUUGGAAUAUUCGGAGUAUCGUAGGUUGAGAAUGGGUUAUUUUAAAUCAGAAGGAUAUCGUAGAUCUUUACAUUCAAAAACUUUAUUAAUAACGGGGGUGCCAAAAUCAAAGCAAUCAGAUCAAGGGUUGAUAGAAUUCAUGGAAUUAAUCAAGGUCAAAUUUCCGAUUUCUGAAUCGGCUAUAGCGAGAGACGUUGGAGAAUUACCCGAAUUAGUUAUUGAGAGAGAAGAAGAUGUACGCGAUUUAGAGCGAGCCUUGAUCAAGUACUUGAAGGUACCAGAUCUUGAUACACAUAAGAGACCAAAGCAUCGUAAACAUGUAAUCUAUGGACGUAAGAUUGAUAGCAUUGAAUAUUAUACUCGUAGAAUUGAAGAGAAUGAAGCAAGAAUUACCAAAUUAAGAGAGAAAAGUUUAGACGAGAAGAAAACUUUGAAUUAUGGGUUCAUUUCUUUCGAAACGAUUCAUGACGCGCAUUCCGUAGUGAAACAAUUGGAUAGCGUCCCCUCCGGUGGUGUAAAACCAUCAUCAAUACUCGCACCAUCAGUUCAACUUGCACCAAUGCCUCAAGAUAUCAUUUGGAGUAACCUCUCCUUGUCACCAGCAUUUAGAAGUACUCAAAGAUGGAUUGGGCGUAUAGUUUUCAUUUCCCUUUGUUUUUUAUGGUUGAUCCCAUUGGGUUUUGUUAUAACCGCAGCAAAUAUUGAAAAUCUUGUGAAAAUCUUUCCAUUUUUACAAAGUAUUUUUAAUAACAACUUUAUAACAGGACUCAUUGAAUCAUGGAUGACACCAAUGAUAUUAACCUUGUUCGUUCUAAUGUUACCAGCCAUACUAAGAGUUUUAACAAGUAAACAAGGAAUAACGACAUAUUCGGAAUCAGAAAGGUCCGUCCUUGGAAAACUAUAUUUAUUCUUCUUUAUAAAUAAUUUAAUCAUAUAUACGAUAUCAUCAACCUUAUUGGAUAUAGCCACCAAGAUUAAAGCAUCGAUAGAUGCGGGUUAUUUAAAUGUAGGGGAUUUAACAAAGGUUAUAUUUAAUCCAGCGAUUUUAGAUGAGAUAGCGGAAUCAGCUAUCAAAGUAUCAUUUUUUUGGAUAAAUUACAUUUCUUUGAGAGGUCUAUUUGCCAUAUGGGACUUGGCUCAAUUCGUUAAAUUGGUUUACGUUUGGUUUCAAAAGAAAAUCCUAAGUCCCACCCCAAGGAAUUUAAAAGAAUUAAUCAUACCACCGGAAUUCGAUUAUCCCGUUUAUUAUAAUAUUCAUUUGUAUGUGUUUGUUACAAGGGUUGAAACGGGAGGAACCUUUUGGAAACCCGUGUUUAAUCGACUUAUACUUGCCAUUAUAUUUUGGCAAUUUACAAUGAUUGGAGUGAUGAAUAUAAAAGGAGCACAUAUACAAUCUUUAGUGGUCAUACCUUUGAUCUUCCUUACAUUAAUCUUGAAGGUAUUUUGUUCGAGGACCUUUGAUAAAUCAACGAGAUAUUAUAUACCAGAUACGGAAAGAACCGGAAGGUUUGAUAAAGGAAAACGCAAACAAGAAGAUCUUCACCUUAAAUUUGGACAUCCAUCAACAACGAAAGAAUUAAUUAUACCAAUGAUACAUGUUAAUGAGAAUAUUAAAAGUCAAUUAGAAAGUGUUUAUAGUGGUAGGAUUACCGAAACAACCGCUCUUACUAAACGCGGUAAAACAAAACGUAUUUUGUUGAUUGAAGAAGGUGAUUACACUUUAAGAAUUCAACCUAUUGAGGAGAAUGAAUUAUAUACCAUAGAUCCGGAUAAUUUUAAUAUGGGUUACGCCUUUGAAUUUGAUUCUCGAUCGAUGUUGGAAAGAGAUGGUAGUAGGUUAAGUAGAGUUAGUGUAAGUGACGAUGAAUUUGGUAGUAAAGAUUCUAAGAAUGAUUUGCUAGAUUAUGAUGAUGAUUAUACUUUGCAUCCUCCUCCUCCUAAAUAUCAAGAAGAGUGA